GGCAAGAGUUAGUCAUCUAUUUUCUUAUAUAUCAUCUGCAUAAAUAUCAUGGAUAAAUAUCAACUGUGAUAGUAUAAAGUUCAUCGAGUUUGUCAUUUCUGUGUUGAAAUAAAUUAUUAAAAUAAGAUUAUAAGCAAAAAAAAUGUUUAAAUAUAAUUCAAUUUGAUUAUACAUCAUUUUUUGUCGUGGCUUUAUUGUAGACUAGAUAAGAUUGCACAAGAUGAUCUUAUUAGGAAAUUUUGUAAACUUUAUUGUGCCUUUUUUAAUUUUAGUUUCUAGUGUAAUCAGCAAUGAAAUUGUGGAAGAAGUUCUGACAGAAGCAAUAUUGGAAGAUUUUACUCAACAAGUACAUACAAACGAAGAAGAGCCUAUAAAAGUAGAUCCUGAAGUGAUGGAAAUUAAUAACAAUGAAAUUACAGAAGAAAUCAUGACAGAAACAAUAUUGAAAGAUGCUUUUACUCAGCAAGAAAAUACACAAGUACAUGCAAAUGAAGAAGAAUCAGUAAAAGAAAAUCCUGAAGUGGUAGUUAACGCCACUAAUACUGUCUCAACUAAUGUUACAAAAAUUAAUUGUUCAGCGGAGAAGAUAUACGGUCCUGUUGAGAUUGUCAAUGCAACGAGACUUAUGGAGCUACUAAUCUUAGAACCUGGUCCAUCUAAUCGAUCAAGGAACGACAAAGAUGGCAAGCAGCUGCCAGGAACCUGUGUUGUAGUAUUAUUUUAUGCCAGAUGGUGCAUAUUCAGCAAUCAAGCUGCGCCACAUUUCAAUGCCAUACCACGUUCAUUCCCUCAUAUCAAAGCUGUAGCUAUUGAUGCUAUAAAACACCAAAGCUUCAAUGCUCAGUAUGGAAUAGUUGGAGUGCCAACGUUGAUGCUGGUUCACAAUGGGAAACCCGUCGCUAAAUUCAACGAUACUGUCUACACUUUGGAAUUGUUCGCCAAAUUUGUGUCUCAUCUGACAAAUCUGCAACCAAAUGGCUCGCUGUACGUUACAUCGGCGGAUUUCAUGGGGCCGAUUGCUAGCACACCUUCUAACGAAAUGGAUUAUUGUCUGGUAUUGUCAUGGGUCUUUAUUAUUGCUUGUGUGUUGUACUUUACAUCGCGCAGCAGAUGGUGGCAACAGGUUGUCGAGCUUAUUCAGAAUACCUGGCGUGAGAGUAACGCACAACACGAACAUGUCGAUUAAAUAGCAGAUUUUUUUAUUAUUGAAUUAUUUAUUUAUAAAAAAACUUUGUAAAUAUG